CAUUGGGGACUGGAAGUGCAAAGCUUGCUCACAUCUCUCAAGAGCUGUUUUAGUGUAUAAAAAAUCCCCCCCCCCCUCCCCUCUCUUGUUCUCACUUUCCUCUCUAAACCCCAAAAACACAUGCUCUUCUUCCCUCAUCAUCGCCACCAACCCUCUUCUUCUUGUAAAAUUUUGGGUCUCUUUUAUUAGUAAGCUUGUAAGCAGGGUGUUUCAAAGAUGAUCACUUUAACAGAUUUUUACCAUGUUAUGACCGCAAUGGUACCACUUUACGUGGCCAUGAUUUUAGCUUACGGUUCAGUGAAAUGGUGGAAAAUCUUCACACCCGACCAAUGUUCCGGCAUCAACCGGUUCGUUGCUCUUUUCGCCGUUCCAUUACUUUCAUUUCAUUUCAUAGCUUCAAACAAUCCGUACACCAUGAACUUCCGGUUCAUAGCAGCUGAUACACUACAAAAGAUUAUAGUUUUAGUUGUGUUAGCCAUUUGGUCCAAAGUAAGUAAAAGGGGUUGUUUAGAAUGGACCAUAACAUUAUUUUCACUUUCAACAUUACCCAAUACUUUAGUUAUGGGUAUACCUUUACUUAAAGGUAUGUAUGGUGAAUUUUCAGGGAGUUUAAUGGUACAAAUCGUUGUACUUCAAUGUAUCAUUUGGUAUACUUUAAUGCUAUUUAUGUUUGAAUAUCGUGGUGCUAAGAUGCUAAUCUCUGAACAAUUCCCCGACACUGCUGGUUCUAUUGUGUCUAUCCAUGUCGAUUCCGACAUCAUGUCGCUCGACGGUCGGCAGCCGUUAGAAACCGAAGCUGAGAUUAAAGACGACGGUAAGUUGCAUGUUACGGUUCGAAAAUCUAAUGCUUCGAGGUCUGAUAUUUUUUCGAGAAGGUCACAAGGUUUGUCUUCGACUACCCCCCGGCCAUCGAAUUUAACUAAUGCUGAGAUUUACUCUUUACAAUCAUCGAGGAAUCCAACACCUAGAGGUUCGAGUUUUAACCAUACUGAUUUUUAUUCUAUGAUGGCCGGUGGUCGGAACUCGAACUUUGGUUCCGGUGAUGUUUAUGGUAUGUCUGCUUCACGUGGACCGACACCCAGACCAUCAAAUUACGAGGAGGAUGGUUCUGGUAAGCCGAGGUUUCAUUACCAUGGACAAAGUGGUGUAACGGGACACUACCCGGCUCCUAAUCCGGGUAUGUUUUCACCAACUGGGUCUAAAGGUGUUAAGAAACCUAAUGGACAAGCUCAUCAAAAGGUUGAAGAUGGUGGUGGUAAGGAUCUUCAUAUGUUUGUUUGGAGUUCAAGUGCUUCUCCGGUAUCAGAUGUGUUCGGCGGCGGCCAUGAAUAUGGUGUUACCGACCAGAAAGAAGUUCGGUUAGCUGUCUCCCCUGGCAAAGUGGAAGGACAUAGAGAUAAUCAAGAGGAGUUUAUGGAAAGAGAUGAGUUCAGUUUUGGGAACAGAAGAGAAAUGAACAAUGUCCAAGAAAGUGGUGAAAACAACAAAGUUGGGGAAGCCAUUGCCAUUGCUAACCCUAAAACCAUGCCACCAACGAGUGUAAUGACAAGGCUGAUAUUGAUUAUGGUUUGGAGAAAACUUAUUAGAAACCCCAAUACUUAUUCAAGCUUAAUUGGUCUCACUUGGUCAUUAAUCUCAUUCAGGUGGAAUGUGGAAAUGCCUGCAAUAAUAGCAAAGUCGAUAUCUAUACUGUCAGAUGCAGGUCUCGGCAUGGCUAUGUUCAGUCUUGGUCUGUUUAUGGCAUUGCAACCAAAGAUCAUAGCAUGUGGGAAUUCGGUUGCAGCUUUUGCAAUGGCCGUGAGAUUCCUUACAGGACCAGCUGUCAUGGCUGCUGCUUCCAUUGCUGUUGGUCUUAAAGGCGUUCUCUUACACGUUGCCAUUGUCCAGGCAGCUCUCCCACAAGGAAUUGUCCCCUUUGUCUUUGCCAAGGAAUACAACGUACACCCUGAUAUUCUCAGCACAGCUGUUAUUUUUGGGAUGCUAAUAGCUUUGCCCAUAACGCUAGUGUACUACAUUUUAUUGGGUAUAUGAAGUGGGGGCAUGACCGGUAUCAAAGAAUUUAUGGCAUCACCUCAAAAUUAAAGCCAACCAAAGAAAGGCCCUUUUUUUAGGGUCAAAGAUGCGAAGAAAUUAAAACCCCUCGUUGAAAAUUCAAAGCCACAAAAAAGAAAAGAAAAUCGAGGGUAUCAUUGCAAAUGUUUUCUUUUCCUUUUUUUUUGGUAGUAAAAUUUGUAAAAUCUUAUUUGUAGUCAAUUUUAUAAGAAAACAAUUUCUCCUCUC